AUGGUGAAAAGAAGAGGAGGCACUAAGCGAAAGAUCCAUAAGAUGGAAAAGAUCACGAAGAGAGAGUAUCUCGCGACUACUUUCACUAAACGUUGUUCCGGACUUCACAGCAAAGCCGCGCAGCUCUGUCUACUCGCCGAAGCACAAAUAGCUAUUUUAGCGACUCCUCCUUCUACGCAUUCCAACGUCUCUUUCUUCUCCUUCGGUCACAGUUCCGUGGAUGCUGUAGUGAAUGCUUAUCUCACGGGACAGCGUCUUGCUCCUGUUCGGGAAGAGCCGAGGGAGGAAGAUAUUGGUAUAUUGAUGGCUCGUAAGGAGCUAGGGUUAGAGUUGUGGUGGGAGAAAGAGAGUCUUUCCAAAUCAAAGGAUCCUCAAGAAUUGAUGGACGCGGUUAAGUCCAUAGAGAGGGUGUUGAGUAAACUGCGUGACUUUCUCGAUAGUAAUGAAAGAGAUUCUCAUCAUCAAUCUAAUGAAGACAAGAACGAGGUGGCGAAGAGGGAUAUCGUUUUGCAGCAGGGAAGUCAAGAAGUAGAUGAAACCCUAAAUCUCCAAGCAACUUGUUGCGUACGUGAUGAUGAUGAUGUUGCUGCUGGUUUUGACAAGAUCACUGAAGAGGAAGAUCAGAUCCUUGCUAGUUGUGAUAGUUUUUGUGCUAAGGAGGACAACAACAUAAACGGUUUAAGUGGAAGUUUGGAUGUGUACAAUCAAGAGAUGGAUAUUGAUGAACUGAUAGAUUGGACGACUUUUGAAUGUUCGUGA